GGAAGUGGAUGUGGAUCUGAUGCUCACGCAGCCACACGACCAAACCCAAUUUUCUUCUAUUAUUUCCCGCUGUAAAAUCCGCCGGGUUUAUCCACUCCCCUUUCCCCGCACGCACGCAGCACCGGCGAGUAAUCGCCCGCCAUGGCUCGCCGCGCCGACCUCCACCUCGCCGCCCUCCUCCUACUCCUGCUAGCCGCCGCGCCCGCGCUCUCCUCCGCCGCGGCCGGCACCAUCGUCUUCACCACGCUCGGCCGCAGCCGCUACGCCUUCGACAUCUACGCCCUCCCGCUCGCCCCCUCCCUCUCCCUCCCCGCCUCCCCUUCGACAGAGCUCCGCCUCACCGACGGCGCCUCCGUCAACUACAACGGCAACUUCGCGCCCUCCUCCGACGCGCUGCUCUUCGUCUCCGAGCGCAACGGCUCCCUCAACAUCUACCUCUCCCCCGCCCCUCCCUCCUCAUCCCGCCGCGAGGCGCUCGAGGUCGGCGAUGGGGACUCCUCUCCGCCUGCGGCCCCGACGCCGCUGCUGCCCUGGGACCCCGUCGCGCUGCGGGACCGCCCGGCCCUCACCCGCGACGGCUCCCGCCUCGUCUACGUCUCCACCGCCGUCCCCGCGGCCGCCCCGCGCCGGAGCUGGGCGGCCGUCUACGCCACCCACCUCCCCUCCGGCCGGGCCACCCGGCUCACCCCGCCCGGCCUCGCCGACUUCAGCCCCGCCGUCUCGCCCUCCGGGGACUGGACCGCCGCCGCCUCCCCCGGCGAGGCAGGCUGGGCCGGCGAGGUGCAGGACCUCCGCACCGACGUCUACGUCUUCCGGACCGACGACGGCUCCCGGCGCACGCUGCUCGUCAAAGACGGCGGCUGGCCCUGCUGGGCCGACGACGCCACGCUCUUCUUCCACCGCCGGGACAGCGACGGCUGGUACGGCGUGUACCGCGCCAAGGUCGAGGUCUCCGAUGACGGGCUCCUGGCGGCGGCCUCGUCCGUGGAGCGGAUCACCCCGCCGGGGUUCCACGCCUUCACGCCCGCCGCGUCGCCCGGGGCGCCGGGGCUCGUCGCGGUGGCCACCAGGCGGCCCGGCUCGGACUACCGGCACAUCGAGGUGCUCGACCUGAACGCCGGCGCCGAGAACGCCGCCUACUUCGAGGUGACCAGGCCCGUGGCGCCGCGCGCGCACCACUUCAACCCGUUCGUCUCGCCGGACGGCGCGCGCGUCGGGUACCACCGGUGCCGGGGCAGCGGGAACGGGGACUCGCCGCUGCUGCUGGAGAGCCUCAAGAGCCCGGCGUCGGAAUCGCUGUUCAGGAUCGACGGGUCGUACCCUUCCUUCUCGCCGGACGGCAAGAGGAUCGCCUUCGUCGGGCUGCCGGGGCUGUACGUGGUGAAUUCCGACGGCUCCGGUGGUCGCCGUAAGAUCCUCUCCGGGAACGCGUUCCCCACGUCGUGGGACUGGAAGAGGAAAGGGGUGAUCUACACCAGCAUCGGGCCGGACUUCGCGAGCGAGAGCACGGAGGUGGACGUGGUGGCCGUGUCCCUCGGCGAUGAGCACGGCGGCGACGGCAGCAUCUCUCAGGUUUCCAUCAAGAAGCUCACAAUCGGAGGCGAGAACAACGCGUUCCCGUCCCCGUCGCCGGACGGCAAGUGGCUGGUGUUCCGGUCGGGGAGGUCCGGGCACAAGAACCUCUACAUCAUGGACGCGGAGGACGGCGAGGCCGGCGGCAUCCGGCGCCUGACGGACGGCCCAUGGACCGACACCAUGUGCAACUGGUCGCCGGACGGCGAGUGGAUCGCCUUCGCCUCCGACCGGCACAACCCGGGGGGCGGCAGCUUCGCCAUCCACAUGGUGCACCCGAACGGCACCGGGCUGCGGCGGGUGGUGCACAGCGCCGACGGCGGCAGGACGAACCACCCCUGGUUCAGCCCGGACUCCAAGAGCAUGGUGUUCACCUCAGACCUCGCCGCCGUGUCCGCGGAGCCCAUUUCGAACCCGCACCACUACCAGCCCUACGGCGAGAUCUUCACCAUCAACAUCGACGGCUCGGGGCUCCAGCGGCUCACGCACAACUCGUUUGAGGACGGCACGCCGUCGUGGACGCCGCACUUCCUCGAGCCCCGGGACGUCGGCGAGACGCUGCGAGCCUCCGGGAGCUGCGCAUUCCAGGACUGCCACUGGCUCAGCAUAGAGGAUGAUGCCCAGCCUGCAAGUGUUGCCCUUCGCUAUGCCCAUGGUAGCAACAAGAUCGGCUGCUAGAAGGAAGCUGUGUCCUGAUGAUACCAAGGAGAGCAUGUCUGUGCUGUAUAUAUAUGUUUGCCCUGCCUGCAUUCUGCUUAAUAACUACUGUGCCUGUAUUUGGUCAGGAAUAAGGCCAUGAAAAGUGAGGCCAUGUUCAGGCAAAUAUGAACCAAAUUGCCAUUGGGAUAUGUAUGUACUAUAUGAUGCUAUGUCCACUUGUUAAUUUGUAGCAAGAGAACUGUGGUUUGAAGCAAUUCUACAACAAUUCUAUUGCUGA